AUGAGCUUAAGAAGAAUGAGAAGUGGAGGUGUGCAUGCAGAUUCUGAAUAAGAUUAUUUAAAUGUAUACAAAUGAUAUUAUAAUUUAAUUAGAAAAUAAGCAAAUUGGAAAAAUAAAGAACUUAUGUUGAAGAAACUGAAACUUUUGAAGGGUUUAUUAUGAAUUCUCAAUUUUCCUUUACUUGUUUUGGAGACCAACAAAUGUUAAAGACAACCUAACAAUCUCAUUUCAUCCUUAUUAUGAUUGAUGAUUUGGCUCUAAGUCCAAAAAGACUAUAAAAUAUGAUUGAAAACAGUAAGCUGUUUUUGUUCAUAUAUUUUAGCAGAUAAUUGUGAAACACUGACACAAAGUACAAAUGAUGAUUAAUAUAUUUGGAGUUCUUAAUCGAUGAAUUAUGACUGUGUUGUACAUAAUUACACUGUAGGCUAAGUCAAUCACUUGUUCAAUAUAUGGUUAAUUAAUACACCUGCUAUGAAUUCAACAUUUAAAUGUAUCAUUUAUUAUUGAUUAUUUCUUUAGACUGCUAUUUUCGAUUGUUUGAAGCAUUUAUUUGUGUAAAUAAUGAAAGAAAUGAAGUUUUUAAAGAAAUUUACAACGAAAUGUGUAAAUAUAAUGAGAAAGUUUAGCAAUUUCAUAUAAAAGAAAAUGAUGAAGUAAUCCAUUUUUAGAAUAAAUAGGUUUCACCAGAGCGUAAAUAAAUUAAUAAUUUUUAAUAAAUUCUAAAAAUAUUAAUUGAUUCGAAAACAAAAUGA